AUGAAGGAGUUAGUUGGGGAAACAAAAACAUGUAAACGUGCUGUAUAUGUUGACAAGAAAGAGCAGUCUGAUCCAUCAGAAAUGAAAGAUUUACUUAAACCAUUGAUCCAGCGAAUACAGCAGCUGGAGAAAAAGCAGGAAGCGCACAUGUAUAUAGGAAGAAAUUAUUACAGGGGUCAAGGUCGUGGUGCUUAUGCGACAAGUAAUAAAAGAGGUGGUCGUGGCACUUCUUAUGAUAGAGGCAGUGGCAGUGAGAUAAUUCGAUCGAAAAACCAGGCAAACGUCGCCUACACUCUGUACAUAUCAGGGGCCGCGACCACCGUUGUGGGGGCUGACCAAUACUUUACGGGAUCUUCUCUCACCGAUCGCAUAUUUGGUAUAAACGUCGAGCAGACCGCACCGAACAUGCCCGUAUUCGGCACCACGACCUACACUUCCGGCAGCAGCACGAUACUGGACAAUACUGCCGGCGGCGUCUCGAUAGGGACCGUGACAUUCACUGACGCUGAUGGCGCCAACACAAUUAGCAUCACCAUGGCUCCGAACAGCUAUUUUACUUUCGUUGAUAAAGGGGAUGGAACCGGCUCCGUUACAACCACCGCCGACACCAUUAACUUCCCGAUCUCGGACCAAUCCGGAACCACUGUGACCUUGACCUUCACGGCCACGGACACUUGCGGAGGCACAGCGCAGGGAACGAUGCCAAUCAUAGUCCAGAACAUUAAACCGACGCUUACGGGUCUUACGCCAGGCGUAACGACGUCAGAAAUCGUCGACGCUGAACGUCGGAUUGCCAACUACACGUGCUCCGACCCGUCAGACAACGUCACCCCCACAAUAACAGUCAGUCCCAGCAAUUCGCCGGAGUAUUUUGUCACGCGCUUUUUUUCGGGUACAUCAAAAACUGGAGUGUACGAGAUAGUUCUCCCCACCCAGUCGACCUCAUGGCAAUUCAACUACGACACGGUCAACUCGUACACGAUCGUGGUCCAGUGCUCGGACGGCAAACCCUCGGGUACUGCUUCCGCCACCUUGGUGGUCAGUCUGACUCCAAACCAGCCACCGGAAAUCACCAAUCUGCCUCGUAAGAAUGCGUACAACGAUCGGUUGGAGUAA